AUGAUAAAUACAUCAGGUAGAUUCAAAAAUUUAUGUUUGAAUAUAAUUAGUAAUAUAAAAAAUAAUCCAACAGAGGACGCAAAUAAAACAUCUGAACAUGAUGAAAAUAUUAAUACAUCAACUAAUGAAACUAGUGAUCAAAAAGAUGACAUAAAAAAUGAUAUAUUAAAACAAGAUCAGGAUAAUAAAAGUGAUAAAGAAUUAGAACAAAAUGAUGAACUACCCCAAGAUUUAGAUAGCCAAUUAAACUUUACACAACAUGCUACUAGUGAAACAAAUCUAGACAAUUAUACAAAUAAAAAUGAUACAGACACGAAAGUGGAUCUAAGUCAGAUUAAUAAUCAUAACUUCCUUCAUAGUGAAAAUAAAAUAAAUGAAAAAUACGAAGAACAUAUAAAAAGCCCUGAUAAUAUAGAAAAAAAUAAUAAUACAUAUAAUGAAACAAAUUAUAUUUUAGAAAAUGAUUCUAAAGAAUUAUAUCAAGAAUCUCUAAAAAGAAAUAAUGAAUAUUUCAAUACUACAAUGAAGGAAGAAUGUAACAAUAUAACUACCGAUUUAAACUCCCAAUUUAAUGAUGGCAUAAAUGAUAGUUCAAAAAAAUUUGAAGAAAAUAAUAAUAAAGCAAUAUCUUAUUAUAAUACUACAUCAGAUUUAAGUACAUGCAAUAAUGAAAAAAAUAUAAAAAAUGAUUAUGAAGAAAAACUUGGGGAUUCAUGUCGAUUUUUUAUUUAUACAUCAAAUCCAUAUAAUCAUGAUAUUCGAAUGAUAAAAGAAAAUUGUUUAACUAUAUAUCAACUAUUAUUUACUGAGAAAACAAAAUGGUGUUCUAUUUAUAUAUGUACAGAUAAUGGACCCAUGUCAAAUUUUAAUUAUCAUUUAUAUAAAAUAUUAUGUAGUAAAGAUGAUAUAUAUAUGUACUUUUUUUUGUUAAAAAAAUUUAUAUUUUCUUGUUAUAUAUAUUUUAAUUUAAUUAGUAUUAAAAUAUUUUCCUCCUUAUCAAUUUUUUCGUAUAAAAAUAAAAGUUCAAGUCGUUCUACAGAUUCUCAAAAUUAUCUGAGUUUCAAUAGUUUUCCAGAAAUCCCAAAUUCUGAACAACCCUCAAAUAAGACAAGUGAUAAUAUAAGUUUAAGAAAAGGGGAAGAUGAGAAAAAAAAAAGAAAACAAAAAAAUGAUACAUCAAAUAAUUUAGAAAAUAAAAAACAAAAAUUAAAUAAUGGCACAAAUGAUGAACAUAUAAAAUGUUUUAGUAAAAAUUUAGAAAAUGUUCAUAAUAAAGAAUAUGAUUCUUUUUUGUCAAGCUAUAAAAAUAAUAAUGAUUUAGAUAAUACUGAAAAUGAAUAUAAAAAUAUGUUUUCGUUUAACAAUGGCUUAGAUUAUAAUAAUAAUUUAAAUAAUUUAUUAAAUCCUGAUAAUAUACAAAAUAAUAAUUAUUUAUAUAAUGGAUUUUGUAAAAAUGAAGAAUCUCAAUUUUUCAAUUUUUUAUAUAAUCCAUAUAAACAUAUAUAUGAAAAUAAAUCUAACACAUGUUCAACUUAUUUUAAUUUUUUUGAUAAAGAUAAAACAGAUAUUAAAAAAAAGCUACAGUUAUUUAUUAAUACACAUUCACCUACUAUGAUAAAUAUAACAAAAAAAUGGAAUUCAUUUUAUUUAAAUAAAAAUAAAAUAACAUCAUUUGUGGAAAAAUAUAAAGAUACUAAUUUUUUUCCUUGUGAUAAUUUUAAAAAAGAAAUAACAGAAAAAUUUAUAAAUAGUUUUGUCGAAACAUUUUGUUUAAUGAUUACUAAAAAUGACGAUAAAGAACAUACUGAAGAAAAUUAUGUUACUCCAACUGAAACUAAUAAUGAAAAUGUACAAAGCCAAGACCAGUUUAAUGCUGGAAGCGAUGAAAAUUCAAACAAAGAAUUGAUAGCAAAUAAAAAUGACUCCAAUUCGAGCAGUAAUAUUGAAAGCCCCCAAGUUGAUAACACAGCCAAUGCCGAAGGUGGCGAAGAUGGAAAAAAUGCCGAGAAUGGCAAAACUGAAACAGAAGAAGAGUUGUUAGCAGAAAAGGAUGACAAUAAGGAGGUGAGUUGCCGAAAUAGUGACGAUUGUCGAGGUACUGAUUCAAUAUGUCCAGAAAAUGGAUCAAAACAAUGGGAUAUACUUGAUAGCAGUAAAAAUUUUGAUAGUAGUUGUGCAAUUAGUACAAACUACGUUGAAAGUAAUGGACUUAUGGAUAGUAACAACCAUAUUUUAGGAACCGAUAAAAAUGAUGAGGAUAUGAAUACAAAGGCUUUUGAAAUAUCAGGAGAAAGUAAUGAAAGUUGUAAUAAAAAUGAUAUAAAAAAAGAAGAAUAUAAUUUAUCUGAAGAAAAUGAUGAAAAAGAAAUAAAGAAAGAAAAAUAUGUUUUGAAGGAAGAUAAAAAUAAUCCUAAAUUAGAUGAUCAUUUAAAAACAAAUCAAAGUUUACCAAAUAAUAUAAUAAUAAAUAAUUUAAAUAUAUUAAUGAUAGAUUUAAAUGAAUUAUAUUAUUAUCUUGAAAAUAAAAAAGGGAAAUUGAUAAAACCCGGAUGGGAUAAUAAUGGUGGUUUAGAAAAUAUUGAGUAUUCCACCAAUUUCGAUAAAAAUAAGUAUAACGGUAUAAAUAAUAAUAAUGAAAAUGAACUAGUUUUAAAUAGUGAUAUUUUAGGAAAUCCAAAAUCCAAUUCUCUAUUUUUUGAUGGAGAAAAAAAUGAAGAUGAUGAUGAAAAUGAAACAAGAGUAAUAGAUGAUGUGUAUUAUUUAGAUUCAAAUAAAAAUGAGGAUGAACAUUAUAAUUUAGAAGUGUCAUCUGUUGAUUUAACAAAAUGUUGUUCUGUAUGUUCAGGAGCACAAUAUGAUAACUUUGAAACGAGUAGUAAUCAUUGUAAUGAUGAUAAUAAUAAAAUUGAAGUAUUUAUAAAAGAAAGUGAUUUUUUUUGUAAUUGCAACAAUAUUGUAAGUACUUCACAAAAUUUUAAUCCAAAUUAUAAAUUAUGUUUUAAUAAUGAUGUUAAAUCAGAAGAAUAUUAUAUGCUAAAAAAAAAUGAUAUUGAGCAAAUGAAUAGAAUGCUUGGUGAAAUAUUAUAUAUGAACAAUUCAGAAACCGAAGGAAUGAGAUCUAGAAAUGAAAUGGAUGGAACGGAUAUGGGAGGUUACGGAGGGGAUGCUAAAAGAGGGGGAAAAUAUUACAUAAAAACUAAUAAAGGUAUAGGUAAAGAUAAAAAUAAAAUAUGGUCUGAAAAUAAUUAUGAUGAUACAUAUAAUAAUAAAGAUGGUGAUCAUAAUAAACCAACAUUAACAAGUAGAGAAUUGCGAAAUUUAAGACGAAACAAAUUAUUAAAUAAUAAAGAAAUGGAACAAAAAAAUAAAUCAGCAAAACAAAAUUAUGGAUCAAAUUAUGAUAUAAAAUCUUCAAGAGUUAAAAAAUUAGAAAAAUUUACAAGUCUAGAUCAAGAAGAAUUAAGAGAAGUUUUUGGACCUACUGGAGUAUCAGGAGUUUAUUUUGAAAAAAGCCGAAGUAGUUGGACUGCUCAAUAUAAAGUCAGUGGUGGAAAAAGAAGAGCAAAAAGAUUUCUAGUUACAAAAAAUAUGACAUAUGAAGAAAUCGAAAAUGUUAAACAACAAUGUAUAGCAUAUAGAAAACAAAUGGAAAAAGAAUAUUCCAAAGAAUUUCUAAAUGAAGAAAAAAAAAAAUUAGCUAAUAAUAAUAUUAAUCCCUCUGGAAAAAAAUCGAAAAAAAAAAGAAAAAUAAAAAAUUUUUAUGAUUGUUAA